AGAAUGACACAAAGGGAAGACAUCUGUUCUCAAUCACUAGUAGUGUUACUGACUCAGUUAAAGUUUGCAGUAGUGGUAGACGUAAGGAAGAUGUAAUCAUUGCUAGUUUGAGAAUAGGUCAUACUGGCCUAAACAGUACUUUUAUUUAUUUUAGGAAAACAUCAAGACGGUUUAUGCUCUUGCCAGGAGAUGGAGACAGUUCAGCAUGUUUUGCUGUCUUGUAGGAAUUAUGACAGCUAUAGACAAGAAUUGUUCAGUCACUUGAGACAGAAUGGCAUGACAGAGGUGUCUUUGAAAAGCGUGUUGGAUAUGGGGACAAGUGUAAAGUGCAAACGUCACUUCUUCAAGUUUUUACUGGACACUGGACUGUACGGAAGGAUCGAGGCCAAUGGCGUUUUAGUUCUAUAGGUGGCAGCAAUGCAACUUUUUGGAUGCCGGCUGCCUUAAAACCACAAAGAAGAAGAAGAACACCAAUAGCGGAAAUGUCUGAAGACUGGAUUGGUUUGUUGUGAAAGACGGAACAUCAGGCGAACAGAUUCUCCACUGACUAUCUCGUCCAUGACCAGACCUCAGAAUGGGACAAAGAAGAGGUGAUGUCCAGUCUCGUGUGCCCUGUCCAUCUGAUGCACAGCCCUUCGGUCCUCACACACACACCUCCACAGAAGAACACAGCACUUUUAGAUGUAAAGGAUCUCUGCAGAGCAGAAAGCACAGCAUUUGCAUGGUGUCUGACUUCUUUUACCCAAACAUGGGUGGCGUAGAGAGCCACAUCUACCAGCUCUCACAGUGCCUCAUAGAGAAGGGCCAUAAGGUGGUGAUAGUAACACACGCCUAUGGAGACCGGCGUGGGGUGCGCUAUCUCACCAACGGACUCAAGGUGUAUUACCUCCCACUCCAGGUGAUGUAUAACCAAUCUACAGCCACCACCUGCUUCCACAGCCUGCCACUGCUCAGGUGUGUGCUUGUGCGUGAGCGCAUCACUGUGGUGCAUGCCCACAGCUCCUUCUCAGCCAUGGCCCAUGAUGCUCUGUUCCAUGCCAAGACCAUGGGUCUCAACACUGUGUUCACUGACCACUCGCUCUUUGGAUUCGCUGACCUCAGCUCCGUGCUGACCAAUAAACUGCUUACUGUGUCUUUGUGCGACACCAGCCACAUCGUAUGUGUGUCCUACACCAGCAAGGAGAACACUGUGCUGAGGGCAGCCCUCGACCCUGAUAUCGUCUCGGUCAUCCCCAAUGCGGUUGACCCCACUGAUUUCACACCUGAUCCUAGUCGCCGUGACGAUAGCAAGAUAACAAUCGUCGUAGUAAGCCGAUUGGUCUACAGGAAGGGAAUUGACCUGCUGGGUGGAAUUAUUCCAGAGCUGUGUGCCAAGCAUCCAGAUCUCUGCUUUCUGAUUGGUGGGGAAGGCCCUAAGCGGCUUGUUCUGGAAGAAGUUAGAGAGAAAUAUCAGCUUCAUGACAGGGUGCGUCUUCUGGGGGCUCUGGAUCACAAGGACGUACGGGACGUGCUGGUGCAAGGUCAUAUCUUCCUGAACACCUCACUAACUGAAGCCUUCUGCAUGGCCAUAGUAGAGGGAGCCAGCUGUGGCCUGCAGGUGGUAAGCACUCGUGUUGGAGGUAUACCAGAAGUUCUCCCUGAUGAGUUGGUGACCCUGUGUGAGCCGACAGUCAGCUCCCUCUGUGUUGGCCUGGAAAAGGUCAUUGCCAGGCAGCGUGAAGGCAAAGUGCCCUCUCCUGCAGCCAUCCACCGUCGGGUCCAAACUCUUUACACCUGGAGAAAUGUAGCUGAGCGCACAGAAAAGGUGUACGAUCGUGCAUGCAAGCAGCCAGUCCUGCCCUUGCCUGCUCGACUGCGAAGGCUGCGCUCUCACUGCGGUGCUGUCGCUGGCUCUAUAUUCUCCUUUGUGGCUGUCAUAGACUUCCUCUUCCUUCUAUUCUUGCAGUGGCUCUGGCCCAAUCACCUCAUUGAUGUGGCCAUGGAUGCUUCUGGGCCAGCUGGUCGUUGGGGAUGUGGCUUUGGGAAGGAAGAGAGUAAAGACUCGAAUGCAGCACGACAUGCUGUUGCAGAUACAAGACCACUAAAGUGUUGACAUGUGGCCAGGAUUCAGCUUCUGAUAUUUGGGACCAUGUUUUAACCUUCAGCGAAUCUAUAAACGUGCACUGAAUUUACUUAUUUACAUUCCAGUCUAGGGCGUCUGGUGCAACUGUGAUGAACUAAUUAUUCCACAAAAAGUCUGUAAUAGUUAUAUUAGUCAAGAAGACGCACUGCGUCCAUCUUCAUUUAUUAAAUCGCUGUAACAUGAAGUCCUUUUGUUGUGAAUACAAUGGUUGUUUUCCAGCCGCUGAUAAAUGGUGCCUAAGCACUAACUGCUACAAACAUUUUUGUUUAUCUUGUAUAUUCUUAUUUGUUAACCUCUAAGCCAAUAAACAGUCUUGUUUCCAAAA